CCAAAAAGGAGAAAAGUUGAGUGAGAGCCAAAUAUUAGCAGGGAGAGAUAGAGAAAGAGAGCGAGAGAGGGAGGGCUGCUGUUGAAGAGAGUAUCUGCAGUUGUCCUCAAACCUCCAGUGAUUCAAUGCUCCACUGUUCUGUUUUGCCGGUUAGACUGCGCGUGUGCCCCUCACAAGGUGCGUCAGUGAGAGUGUAUGAAUGCCUGUGUGAGAGAGGGAGUGCAUGUGCGGGGAUCAGAUCACUCAUUCUGCGGACUGAUGCCCUCUGCUUCUGCCAACAGGACACACAGAUUUACCUGCGCAACAAAGGUAGCACACAGACAUUGCACAGACAAACGCAUGCUGACUCAGCCAAAGGCACAUGACACACACUGCUCGGUCAUUUUUAAAUAAUGUUCAUACAACUGUCUAACUGUGGACUUCAGUAGGAGACAGCUUUACUGUGAUUACAGAUCUGUAAGAUCUUACAGUUUUUCCUCAUUCAUCUCUUGCUGACUUAAUCGAUUUCUUUUCAAUGUGAUGUGAUCAAGGCUGUGGGUAAUGUUCUCCUGCUCAAAAACUUUCCUUUUUAACAGCGACUGAUCAACCAGGACACUUAUGGGACUAUAGAAAAAAGAUUUCUUGGCCGUCCAGGACUUUAAGACCUGGGCAGACCUCUCCUUCUUUUCCUUCUUAAGUUCGGAAUUGCAAACACAAAUUCAUCUACUGUGCCAUUGCGGAGAGUUGGACGGGACUCUUUAUCAAUCAGCGUACUAUAAAGAGAAGACUUCUGGGAAACUGACAAAACUAAGAGCUGGGGACCGCCGGUGGAUGUGAGGAAACGAGCAGAGAAGAAAUAGCAGAGCAACAUGGAGACAAAAAGUAGAGGACAUUUAACAAGAGGAGAAGAUACUUCAGAAAGAACUGUGUGCUGUCUUUUGCUCACACUUAUGUUUGGUGUGUGUUGUGUGCAUGCUCUAGAGAUGUCAACCGGUAAGGUUCCAUUUUUGGAAGCGGUGAAUGGCAGUACAGUUCUCCUCCCCUGCACUUAUUCCAGUUGUAUUGGGAUCAAGGAUCUGUACUUCAAAUGGGAGUUCAAUGAUAACGGCACCAUGCAGAAGUUGGCUGAUGCUGUAAUUCCACUGGAUAACGUGGAUCCUAAAGUGAAUGUCUACCAUAGCAGGGUGGACUAUGUUGGUAAAGGAAAUAACAUCUCCAUCCUUCUGUGGAAUGUAACGUUUGAUGACGCAGGUGUCUACACCUGCUUUGGCAAAAACCCCAAAGAGAAGAGCAAGAAUCACAGUGCCAUUUUUACUCUGUACGUGGUGGAGGAAUUAAGGCAGGUUGAUAACACGCUCACCAUCAUCAUUGCCUCCUGUGUUGGUGGAUUCAUUGCUGCGUUAAUGGCCUUCAUGCUGAUAAAGAAUUUCACUCUGUUCGUACUCUCAAAGAUUGAGGAAAAAAAUAAGGAGUGCCUUGUCACCUCCUCAGGGAUUGAUAACACGGAGAACGGUCUGUCGGGCUCUAAAUCUACACCAAAGAAGGCAUGAGAGAGUGCACAAACACAACUACACAUGCACAUGGAAAUGGCAUGGAUCAGCCAUCAUGUUGUGCCCUCUCGGUUUAUUCAUAUGCGUGUCCACAAGUGCUAUUAGUUACUUUAGUUGCAAAAAAGAGCCACGACAGCAUUAAAUUAACGAUUUAUAAAGUUUCUGUAGAAGAAAUUCACAUUGUUCAUUUAUUUUCUUAAGAUAUGAAUGAAAAGAGGGGGCAUUAUGUAUUUCUGCAUAUAUUAUAUUUAUAUAUGCAUUUAAAUAUGCACCACAAACAUGCAGCCUCACGCACUUUAGUUAAGUGGCUCACACCAAGCCUGUGGACUGCAUUUCUUAUAUAUCUCUAAUAUAUAUUUAUUUUCAUCUAACAAUGCUUGAAAUGUACGCUGUUCUGUUAAUAGCUCCUUGAACUGGACUGUAAAACUGUAAUGCCUGACUAAAAUGGUUGCAGGUUUGCCAACAUGUGCAUUAAGUUUAAGCUAGCUCUUAGCAUAAUUCUUGAGUAAAGGCCUUAUGGUUUUUAUUGUGGUGUUAAAUACAGAUUAGCUCCUGUUGUCAAGUGGCCAUCAAGUUUGUGAGAGCUCAUUAAUAGUUUAUGUUGCUAUUUUUCACCCGUGACAGAGACAGACUGUCAAUGCUGGUAACAUAACUGUAUGUUUUAAUGCAGUAGUGGAUGGAAACAAAAAAUAGCAGAAUUCUGAUUGCUAUUAGCAAGGGCAGAAUUUGGCCUUCAUGUAACAGUUUUGAGUCCAGUUCAAUAUAAACAUUACCAUCUUUGCUUGAAAUUGAAUCACAUGUGCCUGUUAAUGCUUCUGUCGCCACCUAUUGGUGAGUGAGACCGAAAAAUGCAAAACAUUAUAAUGCUAAAAGGAUAAAAGAAUAACAAUAGUAAACCGCUGCAAAAUCGCAAAAGCCCCCAAGCAGUUAGUAACUACAAGCUAGUGAAUGAUACUUGACAAUCCGUAGAAAUCAGUGUCCCCUUAGAUUAAACCCUGAAUGAAACACUGACAAUGCUGCUUCGAAUAAUUUCCUGUCUAAUAUAGCAUGUGCUAAAUGGCCAGAAUUUUUAGGGCUACGUGGCUCACUAUAACUGUAGAAACAAUGCUUUUCUAUUGUAAUAUUAAAAUACAUCUGUCAUAUUCUAACUUAAUUAGCAUCAGCUUUAAAACGGAAAAUAGCUUGGUAAAUUGCCAUGCCAAACAAAAUAUAAAUACCAAAAAUGGGAAAAAGAAUUGCAAACAGACAUACUGUGACUUAUAAACCAUAUACAACUCACCCUGUGACAUCAUGAAAAUGCAAUAUUUUAAAGCAAUAAACUUAUCAUAAAAUCAUGCACAACGAUAAAAUUAUAACUAUGUAAAUACCGAUUGAAUAAAUGAAAAAUGAAUGUAUGUUUUCAGACAUUUCAGGGACUGACGUCAAACAAGGUCUAUUCUUUCGAUUAGAAAUGAAUAAAAAAUCCCAGUAAUUUAUUUAAGAUAUAUAGCAAAUAUACAAUAAAUAAAACUACGUUAACUCCUUCCCCGCCAGCCUUUUUUUUUUAAAGUUGCCCGCCAGCAUUUUUGUGAUUUUCACAAAAUGCUUCUAUAAAUAUAUAAACAUACACUGUAAAAAAUUCCUGCAGUGUUACUUGCAGCUGGUUGCGGGUAACUUACCAUAGAUUUAAAUGUAUGUUAUUUGCUGGCAACAUUUUGUUCAAAGUUAAAUGAACAUUAAACAUUCACAAGUCUUUUGUCUGUUCAGAGUAAAAAUUAAAAUAACAGUCUGAAGCAAAAACAGGUUGAUGAUGAUUUCUGGUUCCCAGAAUGCUUUGCAUGAGGCUGUUAUUGUAUAGUUUUAUUCUGUAAAGAUAAAGACUUGUUAAUAUUUAAAAGUUAUUUAACUUUGAACAAACUCUUGCCAGUAAAUAACAUAAAUUAAAAUCUACGGUAAGUUACCGGCAACCAGCUGCAAGUAACACUGUAAUUUCCACGGAAUUUUUUUACAGUGUACAAAUAUAUCAAAUGAAAAAACAGACCCUCUUGCUUUCAAAUAAACAAGCAAAACGGGGGGGGGGGACUUUCAUCCUAUCUUCAUUUGUUCUUUUUUAUAACCUCUUAAAUAUGGGUACACUGUAUGCAGCUGGUUGCCAGUAACUUACUGUAGAAGAUAAAGACUGAAUGUUUUAUGUUCAUUUAACUUUGAACAAACUUUUG